CAGACGCUUGAAUCAACACAGGUGUACCACAGAGUACUUGGAGAUUCUUUUUGACCGGUGUAGUAAAAAUUUUUACUUUACAGAGGUUGUAAAAACUUUUAUCAGUAAUCUACUUUUGGAAGAAGCCCAAAUGUGAAAUAUUCCUCGUACGGUUAAGGAGUUUAAUAAAAAAAAUAUCGGGACGUUUAAUUCCUUACGGGUCACGCAAUGGCUUGUCCGGAUAUAAAACCCGAAUCCGAUCCUGAUUUUAUUCUUAGCAGUUACAACGCGAGCGCUGGAACGCAAGUUCUGAUUGGCUGCAAGAAAUUCGGCUACCGAUUGGAAGGACCUCACAAUGUCACGUGUUUUUCAAACCAAACAUGGUCUGACAACCUCACGGAACUGGAGUGUAAAUGGACGGGAGAACUGAACACAUACGAGAAGAUCGUAAUAGGAACAGGAGCAGGCUGUCUAGGCUUGUUGAUCCUAGGACUAUUGUUUAUCUGCUGUUGUUCAUAUAUCCAUAACCAGCAUUUGAAAAGACGGCGGGCAGCAAGUCAGAGAUCCUACUCUCAGUUUGAUCCGCCCCAGAAAGACCAGGCUUACAGCAACGAUUACAUUAGACAGAGCGGACCGUACGCCGACAGAAUCUCACCCCAGGACAACAGCUCAAUGGAUGGAUACAAGAGACCCCAGGGCGUCAUAGACGAUCCAAGUAACUACCAUAUAUACACCGGAAGGAAAGGCGAGAUGAACGGGAAGUCAGCAUACAAAUACGACAACCGAGCUUUCGAAUCUCAAGACCAGGGUUACUAUGACAACGGUCACAAUAAAGAUCCACCAUAUUGGGUGAAUCUAGUUUAUAUAUUUAUGAAUGGCCAGAUACCACGCCCCCAGAUCCGUGACAGCCGGAACUACUACUGACCACGUGUUCAUCAAAUCAUCCAGCAUCACAGCCAUUAUCACGUGAUCAAAACGCAAUACUGUACCAAGAGGCAAUAACUUAAAGAAGCCAAAAUGGGUGGAUUUUGUACUUUUAUGUAUCAUCAGACGUAUAGUAAACGACCAUAGUGGAAGCAUUAGACCUGGUCUGUCCGGAAAACAUACGUAUACACAACUGCACCCUGUCAAGGGACAGGAUAUCACAAUGACUAUAGUAAAAUCGAAGUGGAGAGAGUUUGGUUGGCAUCCGGAUUAUACAGAUUCCAGGACAUUUAAUGAUGUAAUAUACAUGUAUGGUGCUCUUAUAGGGUCGGAUGUUUAUAUAUUUAUCUAUAUCAACAUCAGAGAUAUAUCAAAUUACAUGGAAGCGUACAUAUGCAUGUAAAAGUUUUAUGCACGUUAUACGGUUAAUUUUGUACUAUGUUGAAGAAUAAAUAUAUAAUAAUAAUA